CCUGUGGUUGGCACUAGCCUAAAAAAGCUCCAUAAACAGAAUCGCGGCCGAAUGUCUUUUCAAUGCAACGAAAAUGGUGAAGUGUGGGAAAAAGUGGGCAUUGAGUAAAAGCUUCGACAGCUCGAAUCAUGACAGAGGCGUCAGAGGAUGGUAACUAUUUGGUGAGGGUUCGUGCCCAGGUAAUGACAAGGGAUGAUAGUUCAGGUGGUUGGGUUCCUCUAAGUGGCGGUGGUUUAGCAAAUGUUUCGGUUAGACGAAGACCAACUUCUUCAGGUGGACAUCAGUCUAAUAAUACCAAUGGAUCUGGUAUUUCUACUACGACUGCCUCUACUACCAACACUACACAAUCUGUAUCUACUACAAGUAUCACUAAUGCCCAAAAUCAUGGAUCUUCUAAUAGUUCUCCACCUGGUGCAAAAAAAAGACAUGAAUACCUUAUUUAUGGGAAACGCAUCACUGAUCAAUCAGUUGUUCUUAGUUGUACAAUUAAAAAAGAUUUUGAAUAUAAUAAGGUAAUGCCAACUUUUCAUCAUUGGAGGACAGGAGAGAAAAGAUUUGGACUAACAUUUCAAACAGCUGCAGAUGCAAGAGCUUUUGAUAAAGGUGUUCGUACAGCUGUUGAAGAAUUACUAGAAGGACUGACCAAUUCAACAUAUGACAAUUCAUUAGAUGCUGGUGAUGAGGAUGUUUUUAUGACUUUAAAUUUACCCGUGGAACCACCAGAAUCACGUCCAUCAUCAGAUACUCCUCAUGGAAUACGAGUGCCCAAUUAUCAAUCCCAGUGUUCAGAUCUUCCUGAUUCCCAUAAACCUAUUCAUUAUAUUGGUGGACCAUCUAUAAAAGUGCCACCAUCUCAGCAUCCUUUGGCAACAACUGAAGAUGUUGGAUCAGAUAGCUACUCUUAUGUGCAGCUCACAACACUUAAUCAUGAAUAUUUAUAUCCUAUCAUUGGUGAUCAUAAAGGAGAUCGAUUAAAUAGACAUAAUACCAGCAGUUCUUUGAAAAAACCAGAUAUUAUAGUAUCUCAACCUUCUAAAAAUACUAUGAAACGUAACGUUCGAUUACGAUGUAAACAUUGCCAAGAAUUAUAUACAGAGCAGCACAAUCCUAGGGGAUCUUGUGAAUAUGCACCUGAUCCUAUUAGACGAGGAAUCGCAAAAAUUUCGUGUCUAUCUUGUGCUCAGGGUAUGUUAUAUCACUGUAUGAGUGAUGCUGAAGGUGAUUUUGCCCAAAAUCCUUGCAGUUGUAGUACAGAAGAAGGAUGUGGACGCAGAUGGUUUGGUUUGGCAUUAUUAUCACUGAUCGUUCCUUGCUUAUGGAUUUAUCCUCCACUAAGAGCUGUUCAUUGGUGUGGCACGUCCUGUGGCAUGUGUGGAGGACGUCACCAUCCGAUGGAAUAACUGGAGGAACCCUUUGAUAUCUCUGCUCCAUACUCAGUUCAACCAACUACUGAAUCAACCAACUUUUCUUCAUCACGUGGUGCUGUGGCUAAUGUGUAUGAAUGUCAUGAUCUGAGUAUGGGUCGUUGUCAGAGGUAUCAAAGGGGUAGACAGCUUCCAGUACAUGCACUUAUCCAUCAGCGUCAUCUUUGAAAUAAUUUAUUUCAAACAAACCAAAAAAGAUAUGAGCACAAAUUGUCGCAUUUAGCUCUGAAACCAUGUAUAUUCCAUACAUUUUGUAUAUUUUAUUAGCAAAUGCAUUAUUUAGACACAUCUGUACAUUAAACAAUUUGGACGUCGUUUAGUAUUUACUCUGAAUGAUUGGUCCAAUAAUAUUAUCUGGACUGACCAACUAUUUGUGAUACAUGGUGCACACUGUGAGAAUUCAGUCAAGAAAAGAAAUGUAAUUUGUUAUUCCCAGUUUGAAAGCUAGUUUUCGUCUCGUAUGAAAAUGAUAAGGAAAAUGUUUGCUAUAUUAUAAGAUUAAAUUUUACCGUAAUUGUCAAGAAAGAGAAAUAUAGAGAAAUAAAUUAAAAGUUUUUAUUCUAUUAUAAAUAAAUUAAAAAUAUUAUUU